CUAACAAAUUUUUCUUUCAUUUCUCCGACGGUCGACGAGGCAUUCGUUCGAUCGUUUGGUCACGUCAUCUUUUUUAUCUUGUAAUGACUGAUUUUUGCGUCCCACAUGCUUAGGGGUAAUCGAAUUAAGAAGAAAUCCAAGAAUCCCCGCACUAGAAGAAAAGUUCGAGUGACCGCGGACGUAAAUGUGAACUAGAAAGUGUGUGAACGGAGUCGCGAGGUGUCUCGUCCGUCCGGUUCGAUCUGGAUUUUAGCAGUUUGAACCGCGAGUCGGGCUCCCUUUUUCCCGUUAAUCAUUAAUUUUAAAGUUUGGUGGGGUAUUUAAAGACUUAUUUAUUUUAUUUAUUAUUGUCCGUUAUUCGGAGUGUUUUAGUGGUGUAAUCGUUUUAUAAGUCGCGUAUCAAGAUGUCUGAAGAGUCGUCCGCCGAUCGUAAUGUCGAAAUAUGGAAGAUCAAGAAGCUCAUAAAGAGUUUGGAGAUGGCCAGGGGCAAUGGCACAUCCAUGAUAUCCCUCAUUAUCCCGCCCAAGGACCAGAUCUCUCGCGUGUCCAAGAUGUUGGCCGACGAGUUCGGCACCGCGUCCAACAUCAAGUCGCGUGUCAACCGCCUGUCGGUGCUCGGGGCCAUCACCUCUGUACAGCAUAGGCUCAAGCUCUACACUAAAGUGCCUCCGAACGGCCUAGUGAUCUACUGCGGCACCAUCGUCACCGAAGAGGGCAAGGAAAAGAAGGUCAACAUCGACUUUGAGCCGUUCAAGCCCAUCAACACCUCGCUGUACCUGUGCGACAACAAGUUCCACACCGAGGCGCUCACGGCGCUGCUGGCUGAUGACAACAAGUUCGGGUUCAUCGUCAUGGAUGGUAACGGCGCGCUGUUCGGUACGCUGCAGGGCAACACUAGAGAGGUGCUUCACAAGUUCACGGUGGACCUGCCGAAGAAGCACGGCCGCGGUGGUCAGUCCGCGCUGCGUUUCGCGCGUCUCCGCAUGGAGAAGCGGCACAACUACGUGCGCAAGGUGGCCGAGGUGGCCACGCAGCUGUUCAUCAGCGCCGACCGCCCCAACGUGGCCGGCCUCAUCCUCGCCGGCUCUGCCGACUUCAAGACGGAGCUCAGUCAGUCCGACAUGUUUGAUCCUCGCCUGCAAGCCAAGAUCAUAAAGCUGGUGGACGUGUCGUACGGAGGCGAGAACGGGUUCAACCAGGCCAUCGAGCUGGCGGCCGAGUCUCUGCAGAACGUCAAGUUUAUCCAGGAGAAGAAACUCAUCGGACGUUACUUCGACGAGAUCUCGCAGGACACGGGCAAGUACUGUUUCGGCGUGGACGACACGCUGCGCGCGCUCGAGCUCGGCGCCGUCGAGACGCUCAUCUGCUGGGAGAACCUCGACAUCCAGAGAUACGUUCUCAAGUCGCAUGCAACCAACCAGGAGACCAUCUUGCAUCUGACGCCUGAGCAGGAAAAGGACAAGUCACACUUCACCGACAAAGAGAGCGGGGUGGAGCUGGAGCUGGUGGAGUGUCAGCCGCUGCUGGAGUGGCUCGCCAACAACUACAAGUCGUUCGGCGCCACGCUCGAGAUCAUCACCGACAAGAGCCAGGAGGGCAGCCAGUUCGUGCGCGGCUUCGGAGGCAUCGGCGGCAUACUUCGAUACAAAGUUGAUUUCCAAUCUCUUCAGUUGGACGAACCGCUGGAUGACGUCGACCUCGAUGACUAUUAAACAGCUCAAAACGUUGCACUUGGUACCUUGUCGUUUUAUACAACACUACGAGCGUUAAACGCACUGUAAUGUAUCCAGUUUACUGAGACAGAGUACUAUAGUGAUCAAUGUUUUGUAGGCUGUGUAUUUUGGCGAGAUUUACACUAACUUUAUAAACAUUCUAAGUUUUUUGGCAAA